AUUUUCUUCAUUUUGUUGUUUAUACCUUGAUUAAUUUUCUGGUAGUAAUGGAUAAUAUCUGCACAUUUUUGAGUUGAUGGAAUGUUGUGCUGAAUGUAAGGUCAUGCAGAGGAGAAGCAUGCCUUUUGUUCACAGCACUACAUUGAGGUGCACCUCAUCACCAUUCUGACAAUCUUGAUGUCAUUUUCCUUCAUGAAAUUGUAAGACCAUGUAAAAAUGUGACAAUUUGUCUCCCACUAUCAGAGAUGACAGUUGAUGUAAAUUUGAAUUUAGAUCUUGAUUUGAACUGUACUGUCAUCUGCCAAACAGAAUCUUGCAUUCAUGACAUUUUAGGGCAUUAGAGUCCAAUGCUAGGUGACAUAAUUCUGUUCCUGGUAUCACACAGGACCUACCAAUUCAAUUUCCUCAGGUCACAAUCAGAUAUUUUGACACAAAAUGCAUGUGCAGAUUUGAAAAACUUGAGUGAAGGUUAAAUUAGAUUUCUAUGGAGGCAUUUAGUGUGCAGAGCAGACAAUUGUAGUAUUUUAUUGCCAAUACAUGAACAUUUAAUGUGCAUUUUCUGAAACUGCAUGUGCACACUCAUGAUUAACAUUCAGGUUUUGAAGAAACAAGGGCAUUGUACACGUGUGGCUCGGCUCAUUGAUUUUCAUGAACAUCCUUUGAAAUGCUAUAAUUUGCAAAUUGUUAUUUUCCAAGUGAUCCACCAUAUAGAUAUCACCUUAAUGUUUGAUCUCACCUGACCCUUAGUUUGUUCUUGAGCAUCUUAUGGGUUCUGACAAGUCAGAUGUUUAUUGAAUUUUUUUAAUAGAAUGAGUAUAUUAAUCACAAUUAAAAUUAUUUCAUCAGCAACCCUAUUUUCAUUUGAGAUAUGUUUAGCAGAAUCGUAUGUUCCUAAUGCUAAAUAUCCAAGAAGGAAGCAGAAAUGCUUUUACUCUCUUAUGGAGGCUUCUUGAGCCAUCUAUUUAGUUUGAUGCGUGUUGGAUGUCUUGUGGAUCACACUUUCUUUUCCCAUAACAUGUUGAGGAGGCCAUGAUGAGUUUAUUGUGAAUUAGGAUUAUUCGAAGAAUGGGCCGGCAUUUUAUAGAUUAUACGGAGGAUCAAUGCACUAGAGCUCUGUGUGCCAAUGUAGCAGUCAGUCAUGACAGAUAUGGCUCAUUCUUAUGAGACUGAAAAACUUGAAAGGUGAAUUAUGAAAUUGCACCAAGGAAAUGUAUCUCUAAGGAAAUGAUGGCCCAUUCUUAGUUCUUCCUCAAAUAUGGAUAAUUGGAGGACAUUGUGGUUUGUUCAGAAAAAAGCCCAUGAAUUCUUUGCAGCCAGCUAGGAGGAUUUCCAGUGCCCAGGAAACAUACAAAAAGAGUUAUUGGAAGGACUGAGGGCAUUUGAAAGUGUUUGGGAGAGCCCAUCAUUAAGUAAAGUCAGAAAAUCUGACUGCCUGGUUUGUGAGGCUUUGAAGACCUUAUAUUGACCUUGAAUCCAAAGCAAGACAUUUUCUUGAGAGGCAUUGCAGCAGACUGACAUCUGAGUGAAGAUACGCUGAAAAGAAGGGUAUUUUUGAGUAGGGUAUGUCGUGAGUCCAUCCUUCAUUAUUUUCCAUUUCUUGAUUUUGAAAAGGUUGUGCAUGUUGGUUAUCAAUUAAGAGCCAAUUGAUUGAAAUGGAGUUGGAUGGUGAUCAGUUGAGAUGGAAAUGGAAUGAAACUUUCCAUGCAUCCAAUGAGAUGCUGAUGAGUUAAUCCAGAGAGAUGUGCUGUUCUCAUUGACUAGACAAGUUUAUUUCAAACUGGAGGAUUCAUUGAGUUCAUUUAUUAAAAGCAGCUAAUGUAUAGGAAAGCAAAGUAUCCUAUGAAUUUUUUAUAUGUAUCUUGUUAUAGCAUUCAUCAUUUCAUUAGUGGGAUUCGUGCUGUUCAGUCUUAACUAAUAUGACCUCCUUUACAUAUGAAAACCAGACAUCUGACUUAUCAUGGCUGACAUGGAUCGAGAAGAUGGGGGAGGCUACCGUGGUCGUGGUGGGCCUCGUGGCCGUGGUGAUGGGUUCCGUGGUGGUUUCCGUGGUCGAGGCGGGGAUCGGGAUGGAGGACCUCCAAGAGGGCGGGGUGGCUUUGAUGGUGGACGUGGUGGAGGAGGAUUCAGAGGAGGAUUUGAAGGCAGCAGAGGAUUUGGAGGACGUGGAGGCUUUGAUCGGGGAGGAUCUAGAGGUCGUGGAGAUUUCAGAGGAGGACGCGGUGGAGAUUUCAGAGGUGGCCGUGGUGGAGGAGACUUCCGUGGUGGUCGGGGCGGUGGAGACUUCCGUGGUGGUCGUGGCGGUGGGGACUUCCGUGGUGGUCGAGGCGGUGGGGAUUUCCGUGGGGGACGUGGUGGGGGAGAUUUCCGGGGUGGCAGAGGUGGUGGCAUGGAUAGACCCUCGUGAGGAUCGUGAUGGACGUUUCGGAGCUGGUGGCGGCAUGCAAGGGAAGCGACCCAGGUGGGAUCCUGUUGAUGAAGGUGGCCCACCUGCCAAGGCCCCCUAUGGUGGUGGAGGAGGCCCAGGGGGAAGACCCGGCUACAAUUCCUUUGAGCAGGGUGGCGGUGGUGGCUUUGGAAAUCCUGGUUAUCAGUCUGGUAAUUUUCAGGCUGGAGGUGGUGACUCCUAUGGAGGACCUCAUGGUGGAUAUGGUGGUGGAGCUGGGAACCCGGGUGCAUCUGGAUACAAUACAUCAGGAUAUUCAGGCUACGGAGGCGAUGGAGGAUAUGGAGCUGGUGGAUAUGCAGGGGUACCCCCUCCAAACAUGGGGGCUCCUCCACCACCCCCACCAACUGCAGGUGGUGGAGCUGUUGAUGGCUAUGGAGGUGCUCCUGUGGGUGUUCCACCUCCACAACCUGUCCCAAACCCAUACACUGAUGGAGGAUAUGGGAAGCAGCAGGCUCAACUCUCUGGAUACACAACAACCCCAACUCCUGGAGCUCCACCAUCAGGCUAUGAUGCUAGAACUGGGUAUUCCCCAACUGCCCCACCAGUCCAGGCCUAUGCUGGUAAAGAGACAAAGUCUGAUUCCUCGAUCGGCCAGUAUCGUAGGAAGCGUCGCCUCAUGCAUGGAUCCCGAUAUGCAUCCACCGCCCGUUUAAAGCGUCGGCGAGAAGGAGGCCGCCCCACUGCCCGACAUCCAGCCCUCGGUGGACGUCCAUUCUUCAGUCGUCGGCGGUCGCAAGCACAGAUGAAGCCAAGGGUGUUGCUCGUGGUCGCGCUGGGGCUGCUCGCCUGUGCGCUCCAGGACGGGGAGUUGCGGCGGGAGAAGCGGCAAUUCUCCUACUAUCUUCUCGGCCUGUUCCCCGGACUGGCGAAGUCGGGGGUCCAGGCGGUCUCCGUGCUGUCCACGGCCACCGCCAACGUCGUCGUGACGUUCACGCAGCCGAACUACCUCGCCAACCUCACGGCCCACGUGGUCGCCUCCGGCCUCACCCCCGACGAGAGGUACCGCCUCUCCGUCAGGGUGGAGGCGGUAACCGAGUUCAACUGCAUAUUUCAGGGGACGGCCUAUGACCCAAAUAGAGUCCACAUAAAAUUCAACCCGAGGCUGGGGGACGUGACGGCGGACGCCAACGGCUUGCACCUGCGCUGCGAGAGCCAGACCCGGUAG